GCUUUGAAGCGGGGCGCGGCUGGAGCCCGUUGGUCUGUGCCCGGCGGGGCGGCGGCGCUCCGCAGGGCGCCGGGCGAAGGCCAGUCAUAUAUGACCCAUAGAAAUGGCAACAGUAACUCCUGCUCGAUUUCAGGAUUUUGAAGAAGGCCAAGAGUCCACCUGUGAAUCCCCAAAACAUCGUGGUGCGUCCUACCAUUGCACCUCUGGCGCUGUGUUGCUAGUGAAGCUGUGUUGCUAUUAAUGAGACCUUCCCAGCUGUGGCUACCUCCUGAAUGCCUCUGCACUGGGAAAAUCCCUGCAGAGAGUGAUUUGUGGUAAAGACUCUGUCCCAGGGCCAGGUCCUGUGUGCUCAGCACCCAGUGCAGUGCUUGGAGAGCAAAUGAAAAUAGUACAAAAUGAUGAGAGACCAUCCAAGAUUGCUGGUUGGAGCUCCUCGGGAAAAGGCCUUUCCAGCCCAACAAGCCAACAGAACAGGAGGGUUGUACAGCUGUGACAUCACAUCUCCAAAUGGACGUUGCACACGUGUUGUAUUUGAUGAGGAGACUGACCCAAAGAUGGAGAGUAAAGAAGACCAGUGGAUGGGUGUUACUGUCCAAAGUCAGGGGCCAGGAGGAAAUGUGGUGACCUGUGCACAUCGCUAUGAGAAAAGGCAGUAUGUAAACACAGUGCAGGAAACACGGGAUAUCAUUGGAAGGUGCUAUGUGCUGAGCCAGGAUCUCACUAUUAAGGAUGAUAUGGAUAAUGGAGUAUGGAGUUUUUGUGAUGGUCGUUUAAGAGGCCACGAGAAGUUUGGUUCCUGUCAGCAAGGCGUUGCUGCUACUUUUACUAGAGACUAUCAUUAUAUUGUGUUUGGUGCCCCAGGCACUUACAAUUGGAAAGGGGUGGUUCGUGCAGAGCAAAAGAAUCAGACAUUUUAUGAUCUGGGUAUCUUUGAUGAUGGGCCUUACGAAGUUGGUGAUGAGAGCCGCCAAGAUAAGAAUCUAGUUCCUGUUCCAGCUAACAGUUACUUAGGUUUCUCUUUGGACUCUGGUAAAGGAAUUGUCUCCCAAGAUGAGAUGACUUUUGUGUCUGGUGCCCCAAGAGCCAACCACAGCGGAGCAGUCGUUCUAUUGAAAAAAGAGAAAAAUCAGAGAGCGCUGUCACUCGAGCACAUGUUUGAAGGAGAAGGGCUGGCUUCUUCCUUUGGCUAUGAUGUUGCUGUUGUGGAUCUCAACAGUGAUGGGUGGCAAGACAUUGUUAUUGGAGCCCCGCAGUAUUUUGACAGAAGUGGAGACAUCGGUGGUGCUGCCUACAUCUACAUUAACCAGCAAGGCAAAUGGGACAGAGUAAAGCCCAUUCGCUUAAAUGGAACCACUGACUCCAUGUUUGGUCUUGCAGUUGAAAAUGUUGGGGAUGUUAAUCAGGACGGAUACCCGGAUAUUGCAAUAGGGGCUCCCUAUGAUGGUUUUGGCAAAGUAUACAUUUAUCAUGGAUCCAAGAAUGGAAUAAACACAAAACCAGCACAGAUUCUUGAUGGUGAAAAAACAGGCACCAAUUUUUUUGGUUACUCUAUUGCUGGAAACAUGGACCUGGACAAAAACUCCUACCCCGAUAUUGCUGUUGGUUCCCUUUCAGAUUCUGUUUCUGUGUUCAGAUCUCGGCCUGUGAUAAGCAUUAAAAAAAGCAUUACGGUACAGCCUGACCGAAUUGAUCUGAAGAAAAAGAACCCUGAGGACCCCAGUGAAAUAUGGAUGGAUGUGAAAGCCUGUUUUCAAUAUACUGCAAACCCCAGUGAUUUAAAUCCACGAAUAAAGAUCACGUACACAUUUGAAGCAGAAAACGAGAGGAGGCAGUUAGGCCUGCCGUCCAGGGUGCGGUUUAAAGACCAUCUGUCUGAUCAGUUCACUGCAAACACAACCCUAAGGGGGCAGAACUCAAGAGAGUGUGUGACAACCAAGCUUGUACUGCAGGAAAAAAUCAAAGAUAAGCUACGACCCAUUCCAGUGUCAGUCACUGUUAAAAUUGCUGGCCUAGAGUCAAGCUCACCAUCCACCACAAGAAAAGACAGAGCACUUCCAGAUCUGAUACCAAUUCUAAAUUCAAAUGAAUCUGAAACAAAGACCACAAAAGUGGAGUUCUUAAAAGAAGGAUGUGGAGAAGACAAUGAAUGUCACAGCAAUCUGAAACUACAGUACCGGUUUUGCUCUAGAGAAGGAAAUGAAGACAGGUUUACUUACCUACCAAUUGAAAAUGGUGUGCCGGUGCUUGUUCUGAAAGAUCAGAAAGAUAUUGCCCUGGAGAUAACAGUGACAAACAAUCCCUCUGAUGCAAAAAAUCCACAGAAAGAUGGUGAGGAUGCAUAUGAAGCUAAACUAAUUGCAACUUUUCCAGACAGUCUGACGUAUUCUGCAUUCAGGGAGAUGAGGGGUUAUCCUGAAAAACAGCUAACAUGUGGUGCUAACCAAAACGGCUCUCAAGCAGAGUGUGAACUUGGAAAUCCUUUUAAAAGAAACUCCAAUGUAACCUUUUAUCUGAUCUUAAGUACCACUAAAGUUAACGUUGACACAACAGACUUGGACGUCAACCUGAAGUUGGAAACAACAAGCACUCAAGUGAAUUCGACACCAAUUACAGCUAGUGCUAAAGUGGUUCUUGAACUGCUUUUAUCACUCACUGGAGUUGCUAAACCUUCUCAGGUGUAUUUUGGAGGUGACAUUGUUGGUGAGAGUGCUAUGAAAUCUGAAGAUAAUAUUGGAAACCUCAUAGAGUAUGAAUUCAGAGUAACUAACUUGGGCAGACCACUGAAAACCUUUGGUACCGCUUCCCUGGACAUCCAGUGGCCGAAAGAAAUUAGUAAUGGCAAGUGGCUGCUUUAUUUGAUGAAAAUAGAUUCCAAAGGAUUGGAGAAAGUCUCCUGUCAACCUGAAAAUGAAAUCAAUAGUCUGCGUGUUGCGGAAUCUCAUAACUCAAGAAGGAAACGUGAGGUUGCAGAGAAGCAGAUUACAGACAGCAAGACACUUUCUUUAUUCUCAGAAAGAAAAUACAAGACCUUGGACUGCAGUGUGAAUGCACGCUGUGUGGACGUAAAGUGUCCCCUGAAGGGUUUAGACAGCAAGGCAUCUAUCGUGCUGCGUUCCAGACUGUGGAACAGUACUUUCUUAGAAGAAUACUCCAAAAUGAAUUACCUGGACAUUCUUGUUAGGGCUUCAAUCAGUGUUCCUGCUGCAGCCAAGAAUGUUAAGCUCACAAAUGAAGUUGCUCAGGUGCGUGUUACUGUCUUUCCUGCAAAACCAGUAGCCCUUUAUACAGGAGUACCUUGGUGGAUCAUCGCAGUGGCUAUUUUUGCUGGUAUAUUGAUGCUUGCACUGUUGGUAUUCUUACUAUGGAAGUGCGGGUUCUUCCAGCGUUCCAGGUACGAAGACAGUGUCCCCCGGUAUCAUGCUGUAAGAAUUCGAAAAGAAGAGCGACACAUCAAAGAUGGGAAAUACAAAGAGCUCGAGACAAAACAGUGGUUCACAAAAUGGAAUGAAAAUGAAAAUUAUUCUUAGGGAAAAAUCCUUCUCAUCACAAAGUUCAGACAGAAGUUAACGUUUUAUUAAUGGAAUAUUGAUGGAGUUAGACCUAUGAACACUACGGACAUUCACCAUUUGAUUGUAGAUAUUACUACUUAUAUUGAGGCUUUUGUUUGCACAGUUAACAUUGCUUCAAAAGACUUUAUUUGCAUUAUUUAAUUUCCAGACUGCCUCUUUCCCCCUUCAAAUCUAACUCACGCUUCAGAAGAUGCUGUGUUGAUCUGGUGUCUUUCCUGCAAAAUAUGCAAAACCACUACAGCAGACCUCUUGCUGAGAUCCUAACCUCCCUCCUAGGGAUGCAAGGAAUGGACAGUUAAGGUCAAGAUAAGUUCUCCAUCCUUCCCUCAAUGCAUAGUCCAUUAUAAACACGCAGUUGCCUUAACACAUUGUUCAAGUAUACUUUGAAGACCUGCCAAUCUACUUUAGUAAUAAACUUUGCCUGGUGCAGUAGUUAGGGCUUAACAAAAAGCACCGUCUUUAAAUUACAUGUGCAAUAGGUCAUUUUGCUCACAUUUUUUAAGAUCAGAUUGUCUGACUCUUGCUCACAACAAAUAUACACAGGUUCGGGUUUGGUUUUUUUUUGUUCUUUUUGGUUGGAUUUUUUGAGAGGCUUGAAUAUUAGAUGUACUUUUUGUGUAUAUAUAUAUAUAUUUUAGUCAUUUUUGUAUUUAUUUUUGUUAUAAAUCAUUGUCUUUGACUAACUGUUAGGCCAAAGACUUAACUGAACUUUCAAGUCCACUGUGUUUUUGAACUUCAGAUUAUGAGACCCGAGGCUAUCACUGCAUUUUAAUAAGUCACUGAAGGUGCCAAUGCUUUCUAAAAUUGUAAAUACUCAUUCCAGUGAUGUGUAUGGGGGCUUUUUCCUGAUACUUGUAACUUUAUGUAAUAAGAAUGAUCAGGUCUCAUAACAUGAUCUGUAUAAUACUUCAGACUAUUGAACAAUUUGGCCACCAAGCAGAAGAAGGGGUUUUAGAUACAGUUUUAUGCUUACUGCAAGCGAGAGGUUCUCUGGAAACAGCUUUCCAGCUUCAUAAGGACUUCCUGUUUGGCCAAGGCAUUGACUACUGCAGCUGUCACGUAGCACUUGAAGGAAGCUUACCUUAACUAAUGGGUCUGAGCUGAUCCAUGUUGACACUACUGAAUCAUCUUGAAUACCUGAAUGUUGAUAAAAGUAGAACCACAACGUUGUGUUUAUCAGUAAUCUAGUUAUUGUAACAUAACCGAUGAAACUAUUUGAAGAGUUUACUUUUUUACCCAUGUUCUAAAGCUUUGGUACUAUUUAAGAACAAAGAUUUAGUUCACAGUUGUUUAUUCCAUGUGAAACAGAAUUCAUAAGAAGUAUGCAUGUUAAGUGCUAGUAGUUUGAACUAUGCAAAAACCUCUUGGUACUUUUUCCCCUCAUAGGGUAAAAACCUGCUAGGAGGGCAGCUGUCAAGUGUCUUAUUUUUACUACUAACUUUGAACAUACCUUCUUGAAGGUGUGGUCAUCUAAAAAGUUAUUAUAGAAAGUGCAUUAAUUUAAUAGACUCUUCUUCCUUCCACCAAAUAAUCUCAGUAUGUUGUGACUUUGUGAACACUUACGUGUGUAUUUAGCUGUUACCUGGUUUUUGAGCUUUUACAAUUCUAGCUUAUUUGCUGAAAGGCUCAGCAGCAUCAGAAGCCAGGCUAGUCCGGGCUAAGCCUGACAAGUAGCCUUGGAUUUAAAAGCAGAUUGUAGCCCUUGCCUAAGAACAUGAACGUCUUAGCAGUGUUAAACUGAAAGUUCUUGAAAAGUCCUGUCACUGGUAUGCAUUUAUCUCAAACUUUUUUUUUAUACCAGGUAGCAGUGCUACAUCAUUCUGUCAUUCAAAAUUACCUGUGGAUAUUUGUAUAGAAGUGUGAAAUAAAUUUUUUUCUUUUUUUUAAUUAAA